AUGGAAAUAAGGCAUGAAGAAGAUGAUAUACAGCUCUACAAUGCAUACAUGAGCGGGUGUACAACCACAUUAUAUAGGUUGAUGCGUAAAGAGCCAAGCAUCCUUAAUAAAAUUUCCCUCACUUCUUUGAGUGAAACUCCAUUACAUGUAUCAACUUUAGCUGGCCACCUAGAUUUCAGUCGAGCUCUUCUACUUCUAAAACCCCAACUUGCUGUCGAGUUGGACUCCCAUAGACGUUGUCCCCUUCACAUGGCUUCUGCUGAGGGCUACAUAGAGAUCGUCCAAACACUGUUACAUGCAAACAACAAUGCAUGCUUCAUUCAUGAUCAAUAUGGUAGAAUUCCUCUCCACUAUGCAGUUAUGAGAGGACGAAUUGAGGUUGUGAGUAAGUUGAUCGUUGCGCGGCCUGACACAACUCUAGUUGUGCUCGAUGAGGGAGAGACCAUUUUGCACUUAUGUGUCAAAUAUAACCAAUUAGAGGUUCUAAAAUUGUUGGUGGAAUCUAUGAGUGACGAAGGGGAUUUUUUUAAGUCCAAAGACCAUAAAGGUGGCAACACCAUAUUGCAUCUAGCUGUGAUGCUAAAGCAAGUUGAGCUUCACGUGAGCAUUGGAAGGAUUUUAUUUCGUAAGCGUUGGGAAGAGUUGUUUAAACUUCGGAGAAACCAAGAUGAUGUGUUAAUUCCUUUGAUUAAAGCAAGGAGGAAAGUGAAGCAAGAAAGACAGAGUAAAACGAAAGAAGGCAAAGAAAAUGACGAUGAGUUUGUUGUGUCGUAUGUGGACACGUUGUUGGAUUUGGAGUUGCCAGAGGAAAAGAGGAAGCUUGAAGAUAAGGAAAUGUGGAAUAGUGUUAGAGUAACAGCAGGACAGAGAUCCUUCUCUUCAAUCUCAGAUCCUUUUCUUCAAUCUGAUAUUCCAGCUAGCCAAAAUGACGCCGCCGGAGCAAAUCCUUCGCCUACAAUGCUCAAAAACUCAGCGAAACCGCCGGAGCAACAUCCUUCGACCCCUGUGCUGGAGCAACAUCCUUCGCCAUCGCCCUCAUCCCUUACGCCGCCUUCCUCCUCGACCUCGGCAGAACCGCCGUGCUCACCACCCUAA